AUGUGGAGUCACAAGGGGAUAAGAAAGGGUCAGAGUUGGCAUUGCGUCGGCCCAACGAUUGCAUCACCACCGUUCAACACAAUGGAUUUCCACGGCAGCGACGAGAUAGCAUCAACAAUUUCCGAUUAUAAGCAAGUUGGAGCUUACUUCUUUCAGACUGAUGGGCCACAGAUGUACAGCAACAGCAUCAUACAAGAUGUAUUUCUACAUGUGAACGAUGAUGCUAUCAAAGUGUACCACUCAGGCGUGACGCUUUCUCGAGCGACAAUUUGGAAGUGCCACAAUGACCCUGUAAUCCAGAUCGGCUGGGAUGCACGUGACGUGAGUGGCGUCUUUAUUGACAGCCUGAAUGUUAUACAUUCUCGUUACAGGAGGUCAGAGGUGUAUGUACCAUCGGCCAUAAUCGGCGGGUCACCGUUCUACUGCGGUGGAAAGGCCGUGGAUCCAACGAAGACGUUUGAGAUGACAGUGUCAAACCUAAGCGUCGAAGGUCCAUGUGGCGGAGCUCCAGCUCUUAUUCGGAUAAUUCCUCUGGUCAACUACGACAUAAAGUUGAGAGGCGUGAUCUUCCAUAAUGGUCUAUUGGACGGGCAGCUUGGUGAGAGCAUCGUUCCAGAGGUGAAGGAUGGCGACGGCCGUCGUUUGGAAAUGAAGCUCUCUAUCUCCGACUGGUUCGUUGACGGAAAGCUGGUAACGAUGGAGAAUUUCCACCACGACCGCCUUGGGAGACUCAACAUACAUGAGUCUUAUUGGAACCAUUGGAAGAUCCACAGCAGUGCCGGGGAAACGGAGUCGACGUGA